GCCAUCUCCAAUCCAAUUUGAUCAGCUGAUUCUGAUACAGAUUUCCCUUGUUUAGUUGUUAUCGUUUCGUUCUUUUUGCAAGCACGAGUUUGAGAAAUUCGUUGAGCAGCUUUUUAAGCACAACGAAACACGCAAACCGGAAUUUGAUUACGUGGAGCUUUACGCGGGUUGCAUGUUUAUUUUUGUCGUGAGAUCUUGAUUUGAGCGAGAACCUACCCCUUUGACGUUUGCUGGGUUUGUUGAUUUGUGAUUUGGUGUAAUGGCAGCAGAAGAGAACUUCGAGCAAUUUGAGGAUGAAGAGGCUGAAAUUCCAAUUGGAGGAACUUUGCCUGGAGGACGCAAACGACUUUUUUCAAAGGAACUUCGAUGCAUGAUGUUCGGUUUUGGAGAUGAUCAGAAUCCCUACACAGAAAGUGUAGAUUUGUUGGAAGAUCUCGUCAUUGAAUUUAUUACGGAAAUGACGCACCGAGCAAUGGAAAUUGGAAGAACUGGCAGAGUUCAGGUCGAGGACAUUGUAUUUUUGGUUAGAAAAGAUGCACGUAAAUAUGCCCGAGUAAAAGAUUUACUCACGAUGAACGAGGAACUAAAGAAAGCGAGAAAAGCUUUCGACGAAGUUAAAUAUGCAGGUACUGUCAAUCAGUAAAGAAAGCUCGAGUACUGCUUGCAUUUUAAAAAUUACGUUUUCGAGUAGUUCAAUUAAACCAACGCUGCCUGUUUUGUAUGGAUUUUUCUUUAUCGAUAGAGUUUUUUUUUAGAAUUUGAUAGCGAUCACGAUAUUCUUUUUUUAGUUUUGGAUCACACGCAAUAUUUUUCGCAUGGAACGACUUUUAUUUUAUUAUUUUCGAAUUUGCAGUUAAUAUGCACUUUGUGAUUUUUCCGCUUUUUUCGACUCAGGAUAGAAAAAAUAGGUUCGUCAACUAGAACCAUUUAUCAAAAAUUAAAAACGUAUUAUAUAAAGUUAUGAGAAAGUAAAUAAUAUAGGGGACACGUCCUUACAGUGGAUAAUAAUUAUUUUAAAAUACUAAUGUAUGAAAAAUAAUUAAUUUGCUUGAAUUGAAAGUUUAAAUACUAUUUUGGUAAAAAAAUGAAAAUUAACAUUUAUUUUUAUUUUUUAUCUGUGCUCCUAAAUAAUGAUUAUCGACUGUAGAAUGUUACCCGUACAGGUAAAGAAAAGAAAGGUGAUGGGUUGAUAAGAUAAUCUGCUUCAAUUAUAUCCAGAUAUCUAUAAUUAACCAUUUCGCUUCGUGCUGAAUCGAAGACUGCUAUUCUCUACAGUAGAACCUAUUUCUAAUUUAUCUGAGAUCUUAAUUUAUUUUAAGUUUACUUGUCUUUAUCGUAUCAUAGCGUCAAUUUGAGCACCUUUCAAGGAUAAACCCAGGCUGAACUUUUCUGCAGUUUGCAAUUGAGUCUCGGAGGCUAAUUAAAUAAACAAUUAUUUUUGAAAAAGCUGAAAAAGUUGAGAACUGGAUUUUUAACUUUCGUUUUUCCCUGUAAAAAAAUUUUGUAUUAUUAAAAAAUCGAUGUCUUCGGUACUAAAAUGUUUUGAUAUUUCACACACUCUGCAUUGCGUUGUUUCGUAUUUUUGGUUGAAAGCACAUUAACAAAUAUUUAGGUUACACUUUUUGUAAGUCUCCGUCUAAGAAUGUUUUGUCGUUUUCAAUUCAGAAUAUUUUAAUGGAGUGUAUCAGUUCAAAAUCUCUCCGAUCAUAUACAUACUGCGGCAAUAAAAUUUUGAUAUCUUACAG